AGGUCACAACCGAAGCUCGUUUAGCAACAAUGCAAGUGCGAACUUGCGUUCGUGUGGAAUGGUGCCGUAAACACAAGUGUGCUAUGUUAAGUUCGCGUUAAGCUCGUGACCAUGGGCCUGUUACCGCUCGAGUUCACAGACUGCCUUACGGACAGCCCGUAUUUUCGUGAGAACCUGCACGCGCAUGAGAAUGAGCUGGACCGGACGAGUCAGGCGAUCAAAGGAAUCAUCAAGGAGGUCAAGGAUCUGCUGAACGCUGCUCGAAACCUUUCGAGGGCACAGCGGAACCUUGCCAACAGUUUCAUAAAUUUUAGGCUGGAAUGCAUCGGGAACAGCCAGACCGAUGAUGAAAUUGUUAUCGCCGGUUCGCUCAAGGAAUUCGGCCGCCUGCUGAUGACCAUUGAAGAUGAGCGGGACCGAAUGCUGGAGAAUGCCCACAAGACGUUCAUCGAACCCAUCGAGCGGUUCCGCAAGGAGCACAUCGGCGAGGCCAAGGAGCGCAAGAAGAAGUUCGACAAGGAGACCGCCCGCUACUGCCAGUCGCUGGAGCGGUACCUGGGCCUCUCCGUCAAGAAGGGCGAUGCGCACCAGAAAGAGGUAUUUGCGGUGCUUGAAAUGGAGAAGAUUCACUUCUUCAAAGCAUCUCUAGAAUAUGUACUGCUCCUUCAGAAAGUUCAAGAACGCAAGAAGACAGAGUUCGUCGAAACGAUACUGAGGUUUAUGUAUGGCUGGCUGACCUUCUAUCAUCAAGGCCAUGAGGUAGCCAAGGAGUUCAACAGCUUCAACACAGACCUGCAGGUCCGACUCCAAAAGACAAGGGAGAACUUCGAAGCAACGCACAAUGAAGCAGAACACUUGAUGAAGAAAAUGUUGGAGGUGCGUACAACGAAGCCCCAGGAUUCUGGUUGCCUAAACAAAAUGUACACUAGGCAAGGUUACCUCUUCCUUAUGGAAAAGAGACACAUUACAACAAUAUGGAACAAGCAUUACUGCCAGUACCAGAAAGAAAACCACAAGUUCACCAUGAUACCAUACUCCCAGACAGUAGGCAAACUUACAACAACAGACACCUUCUGCCUCAAAGAAUGCAUCAGACGGAUGAAUGACAGCAUAGACAAGCGCUUCUGCUUCGACUUGACGGCAUCGGAUCGUCCCGGUUUGACAUACACAUUCCAGGCGCUGAGCGAAGACGACUGUAAGCAGUGGCUCAAUGCCAUGGAUGGCAGGGAACCUACGGCUGUUCCACCAGGACGAGCUGCACGGCAGGAAGGAUGCCUGCUAGAUGAAACUGGCUUUGCCUUUGUUCGUGACUGCAUCGAAGCUAUAGAGUCAAGGGGCUUGGAGGAUCAAGGCCUCUAUCGAAUUGUGGGUGUGAACUCGAAGGUCACAAAGCUCACACAGAUGGCAUUUGACCCAAAACGAACAGAGAACCCCGAUUUUAUGAACUCUGAGGAAUGGGAGAUCAAAACAAUUACAAGUGCGCUUAAGAAUUACUUUAGAAACCUGCCUGAACCACUGAUGACGUUUCGUUUGCACACUGCCUUUAUUAGCGCAGCGAAGCAAGAAAACAAGGCCAAGAGGACAGCAGCUAUAGAAGAGUUAGUCUCUCAGCUGCCACCCGAUAAUCAACGUAUGGCUGCGCUGCUAAUACGGCAUUUGCAGAAGGUCUCCAACUAUGCUUCAUCGAACUUGAUGACUGUGUCAAACCUGGGUGUUUGCUUUGGUCCUACGUUACUUCGGCCAGAAGAGGAAACUAUGGCGGCCAUUAUGGACAUAAAGUUUUGCAACGUGGUCGUUGAAAUCCUCAUUGAAAACUGUGAUAAGAUAUUCAAAGCCUUUCCAAAAGAAGAGGCUAAGGUGGCUACGCCAGCAUCCCGGUCAUUAGAUGGUGGGCACGCAGCAACACCCCAGGAAGUGGUUCUAAGGGAACGACCGUCAGCGCACCACUUUUCGCGGGCACACGGCAACGACAGCCCCGGCUUCACUUCGCCUCUAUCUGACCAUCAGCGGGUCUACCCAGGGAGGCCCUACUCCUCCCAGCCUCACGUGGAGGUCAAGCGAUUCGCAUCAUUGGCAGCUGCCACCCAAGCAAUCCGCUCCAGCCACUUGCCUACUGUUCCGCCCCAUAAGGCUGCCGUCACGCCUCUUAACUCUUCUCGGUCAGCUCCCACUGGAGGCUAUGGGCCCAGGGACAAUAGUCACAAUGUCAACUCCAACAGCAGCAGCACAGAGUCCCUGAGUUCGCGUUCAAAUGCUUCUAUCAGUCACCACUCGCCAGUACCCGCUACAAGAGAAUAUCAUCCAUCAUCUCGCACCCUAGAUGCAUCAAAGUCUAGUCAGUCAUCCACUCCGACCCAUCACUACACAGGUGGAAGAAAAGUGAGAACCCUAUAUGCGUGCGUCGGGGAAAAUAACUCUGAACUUUCAUUCGAGCCCAACCAGAUCAUUGAUAAUGUCCGGCCGUCGAGGGAAAGAGGCUGGCUGGAAGGCUGCCUCAAUGGGCGCUGUGGUCUUGUGCCCGAAAACUACGUCGAAUUCCUGCCAUGAACAGGCCAACCUCUUCGACAAAGCCAACCCUGUAGUACGAGAGCACCUCUACAAAAGGACAGUGCAUACUACAUACUAUGGUGAUUUUGUGUGCCCUCCAACACACGUGCGAGAUAUUUUUAUUUACCGGGUGAAGAUAAAAAAAGAAAAGAAAAAUGUGACUUUUUAACGUGACUUGAAAGCACAGUGACCGUGCUUCUCCUUCUUCCAUAUGCCAAGGCACCAAGUUGCCCAGAAGCUCAAAACAAUAACUGGACUCCACGCUCGCCUAAGGACUUUGCCGGCACAUUGACUACAAUUGUGGCAAAUGGAAGUGUGUCUUUAAGUCCUUUUUUUUUUCCUUCGUUCCUUCUGAAUGGACGCACAUGUUUGCUCCAUAUUUUAGCCCAAAUGGCGUUGAUGUCGGUUUGGGAAGGAUGUUCUUUCUCUUGACUCUGUGGUGUGACGACCAUGUACAUGUACAAAUACUUGUUGUGUCAGUAGUAACUGUUUCUUCGCUUCAGCUCAAAGUGUUUUUUUUUUUUUUUCCAUCCCAAUUUCUCUGCUGCCAGCCAUUUGCGGAGAAAGGGUGAUGCACACACCGAAUUUUUAGUGCAAUAGGGUGCAUUUCUUGCUUUUAAGUCGUUGAAAGAGUUUUUAUUGUUACUAGAAGGAAUACUAAAGAGAAAUAUUAACUUCACGCUGCUUUGUUAGAUGGCUAUAUUUUUGCCUGUAUGUUAGUCUGACCAUGUGCUUGGUGAACCACAUAUGUGCAGUAAAAGAAAGUGAACUUUUAAUUUUCUGAACGAGUCCUUUCGGAUGUCGGGUACUUCUUGUGCAUCCUUGAAAAUCAACCGCAAACAGGAACUCCCUCCAACAAACUGUGUGAGCUUUUUUUUGCAUUAAUGAGGCUAGAAUGUGUUGUAAAAAUUAAGCUAUAAAUGCAAGACUUCAUGUAGUGACAUCAUUGGCGCCGCAAUCUGAGCGUAAAAUUCGAAGAUAGAAACUUUGUGUCUUCUAAAGGUGAGAACUGCGGUCUACCAAACCAAGUCGACUUAAUGUUUCUCUCUAGUGUGCCUGUAUUGAAUGCCCUGUGAAAUAGAUGAUACUCUGCUGUGAAGUUCGUCUCGACGUCGAACAUGCCAAAUGAUAUGUUUUGAUGCGCCAUUAACUCUCCUCAUCCUGUGUUUGUACAGCGGCUGUUCUUCUGUACAUAAUGCAGCACAGACUUUCUGUUUUUUUUUAACUGUGAUGCACGUCUAGCAAAGUGGGGUUGCCAAAAUCGCACUCGUAGAGCCUGGUGUACAUAGUGAGAGCAUAUCUUGUUAAAAAUCUGAAGUUAUAGCUGUAUAUUUUUUACUUACUUCCCUAAAGCACCUAAUUGAAGCCCUCAUUUUAUAUAUUAUUACUCAACUUUUUUUUGCAUAAGAAUUAUUAAGUAACGCACCUCGCAUAUGUUCAUGUUAUAAAAUGCUAUAUACGAGAAUUUCUUGCAACGAAUUUAUUUCUUGGAAAGCCGAUUACUUGCAUGGCCUUGCUGUUGAUGUUACGUUAUAGCUUUGUGUUGGUAUUGCUUUGAAGCAGUGUUGCAAGUUUUGGGUUGGGAAGAAUAUUCAUGCUUUUGUAUGAAGCACAGAAUGGUUGGGACUGUUUUACUGGCUUAUCGGACGAGAUGUGUGCUUUUUUUAAACCAAACAUCGAACCACUCACUGUCAUGACCAAGUUGGAUGUCACGGUUGUGCGAAAUCGUCAAAUAAAUUAUUGCUGUGAGUGUUUUUCUCUACAA